AUGGACUAAGGAAUUAAGGUCAGAUUUGGUAUUCAUCCAGUUGCUGGUAGAAUGCCUGGAUAAUUGAAUGUCUUAUUGGCUGAAGCUGGUAUUCCAUAUGAUAUUGUAUUUGAAAUGGAUGAAAUUAAUGAUGACUUCCCUGAUACUGAUCUUGCUGUUGUCAUUGGAGCUAAUGACACUGUCAAUUCAGCUGCUGAAGAAAAUCCAAAUUCACCAAUUGCAGGCAUGCCUGUAUUGAGAGUCUGGGCUGCUAAAUAAUCAAUUGUUAUGAAGAGAUCCAUGGGUGUUGGAUAUGCUGCCAUUGACAAUCCAGUAUUCUAUAAACCAAAUAAUAAUAUGUUAUUGGGUGAUGCUAAGAAAACUUGCGAUGAACUUACCUCAAAGAUUAAGGAUCACUUUAAAUGAUGAUUUAAUUCUGUUGUACAAUUUCAUAUAAAUAUUAAAAAUAAAA